AUGGCUCUUACAGGUUUUGACUUGUUAUCCAUCCAUAUCACCGAUUUAAAACAGGCUCGCAAUGUAGUAAUGACCUGUCGGUUGUCGAUUGAUCAGAUCCCGCAUGACGUGAAUUUUGAUAUAUCGCAGUCGGAACUUAACUUCUCCCAACAAUCUAAUGCCGAAUCGGUACCCAUACUGGAAGAGGACGACAGCCAGUCAAGCCAGCUGGGCUAUAUUGACUCAGCAGGUGUUACCCCUACCAGCUCUUUCACUGAGCAAACUCAACUGUCGAGCGUGGUCAAGUCGAUUUUAAUCCACCAUGGCUUACGCGAUGGGGUUGGAACUCGAGCUACCAUGGGGAUGGAUACCCCAGCUAGCAAUGAUGAAUACGAACCUACCACUGAGCCACCGGGCCCAACACCAACGACCGAUACCUUGAUACAGAUGAUGAUGGAAUAUUUGAAAAAGCAAGAUGAAUAUCUGAAAAAGCAAGAUGAAUGUCUGAAGAGAAUGAAUGAAUAUUGGGACAGAAGGAUGGGAAAAUCCUUACAAAAAUCAGCUGAAAACUCUGAUUCUCUGUCAAGAGAUCAAGAGGAUAUGAAACAAGGGGAGGAUGAGAUGAAACUGGCUACACAAGUCACUGUCACUACUCCUCCAUCUACUGAAGAACCCCCUGAAGAACCAACCAUCAAAGAACCCCCUGCGAGAACCACCAAAGAACCCUCUAUGAGAGCCACCAAAGAACCCCCUGCAAGAACCACUAUGCUGAGAUUGAUCAUUAAGAAUACCACCACCACCACCACUGUUAUCAGAGAACCUCUUGAACAUCGAUACUACUACCACGAACCGAAGCCUCACAGAUGCCGAAAGGGUGAAGGAUAG